UGGUACGGUGUGUGUGUGUGUGCGUGCAUUGGCCUGAAGACAAAUAUGUGCAUACGUGAAAUGCAUUCACGCGUGACCUUUCACAAAAGAUGGCGGAUGGGACCGUGAGUUGUGAAGAAUUUGGAAGAAAUGUUUCUGAGUUUUUGCAAGUGUCCAGUCUUCUUAAAGAUGGCUGGGAGCUUCGGGACGCAGAGGCACUCGCUCUACGGGGCUGUCCGUAUCUCGUUAAACGGAAUGUCCUGAGGGCACCACAUAUCGCUGACGCUGGAAGCACGAAAGGUCUUCGUGAGUCUGCACAGCCGGAAGAAACAGGAACUGAUGCAGCACCAAGGAAUAGAGAGGAGGAAGAAGAUUGUCCAGAGGAUGGUGAUGAGGAUGUGGACUCGAGAACACCAGAUGGUCAGGCAGCAGUCGGGGUGUGCCGGUUUGACUACCACAUUGUGUACAAUCACAGCUUCAGCGUUCCUACCCUCUACUUCUCAGCCUGCCAUGAAGAUGGUAAGAUUUUGAGUCUUGAUGAAGUUUGGCGGUCAGUUCCUUCUCACUAUCAGAAGAGGCUACAGAGUGAACGUUGGACCUUCAUCACUCAGCAAGAACAUCCCAUCCUUGGCCGUCCAUUUUACAGUCUUCAUCCUUGCCACACAGCUGAUCUGAUGAAGGCCGUCUUAAACGCAGCCUCCCAGACAGCAACAUCGCAUAGGAAUUAUUUGGUGACGUGGUUGAGUUCAGUGGGGCCUGUGGUUGGAUUGUCGCUACCUUUGAGGUAUGCCAAGCUGUGUGAAAAGACAUAACGUCAAGAAUAUGCCAAGAAGUUCAUCUUUUUCCUUUAUACGCAUUUUUUUCUGUAAGUAGACAGGGACAGUGUCUUUACAUCAUCAAAAUUACUACUGACUCGCACAUGCAUUAUGAAUCGGCAGUAAUUUUAAUUAGCCUUGCCGUAUUUUUAGACUAUCAGCCACCAAUUUUUUCAAAAUGUUGCUUCUAAAGUGAUAUAUAUGCUUGAUGAGAGAAGGAAAGAUCAGUCAUCCAAUUUCACCAUUUUGUAUCGUAGUAUACCCUAUCAAGGCCAACACCAGUCAAGGCCGUUCUGUUACCAGCACGUUUCAAAUGAGUUUGAGAAGGUUGCACAAAAGUAGGCCAAGAUCCUUUUAAUGAUUUUAGGAAAACGAGUCAUCCAUUCGGGUUUCCUCUGGUUGAUAUUUUAGAUGGAUUCCUUGAGAAAAAUGAAGUGGCGUUACUCUGAAAUCCUUUUCAGAUGUGGGAUAUGUUGAAACAUAGAAUGUUGUGGGGACCCAAACAAACAUUUGUUCCCUCAACAUCAGUCCAAAACUUUGCCUACAGGAAAACUUGUCCCCUGAAAGUGUCUCGUUCAGAUUUUUCCUCAUCUGCUACAUCUGAAAAUUUUUCAUCUCCACAGUUAGGAGUAAACUUUAUCUCAACUUACAUUAAUUUGCCUUUGGAAGCAAAGACCCUCCAGUCUCAGUUAAUGUAAACAUUAAAAAAAAAAUUAAAUUGCACUAAUUAUUUCUAAACAGGUUUUUAUUUAAAUUUUAAUUAUAUGUAUAAAACAGUAGAGUUGUUUAUUUUUCACUUCUUCUGAUCAGGUAAAUAAUUUAACCAUUAUUUUCUUACUUCACCUGUUUUUAAUAAAUGAAAGCAGACAUAACUCAUUG